CACAUGUGUCCGACACGUAUCAGCCUCUUCUGUUUCCAUUUUCUGACACCAAUGAAUCACAAUUCGUAACGGAAUUUGUGAGCUCUGCAGCUUUAAAGACAGAUAAUUAGGUAAACAAAUAAACCAGAUGGAGAGGAAAAUGUCUAGCUUCUGGGGUCCGGUUACAUCAACUACAGAUUGCUGUGAAAAGAAUUACGAAUAUUCAUCUUAUAUUGCAGAAUUUUAUAACACAAUAUCCACCAUUCCAACCAUUCUUUUGGCUCUUGUCGGUCUUAUAAAUGCUUAUAGAGAACGGUUUGAGAAAAGAUUUUGCAUUCUUUAUGUAACAAUUAUGGCACUUUCCAUUGGAAGCAUGUUGUACCAUGCCACGCUACAGCGUGUGCAACAACAGAGCGAUGAAACUCCUAUGAUGUGGGAGAUUCUGCUAUACAUGUACAUCCUGUAUUCCCCGGAUUGGCACUAUCCUCGAACAAUGCCCAUCUUCCUAUUUGUGUAUUGUGUUAUCUUUGCCAUUGUUCAUUCGGUGGUGCGUUUUGGAAUUGGGUUCAAAGUUCAUUACAUCAUUAUCUGCCUCCUCUGCAGUCCAAGAAUGUACAAGUAUUACAUUUAUACUGAUUGUGUGCCUGCAAAGCGCCUGGGAAAGCUGUAUGCAGUUACUCUUCUAUUGGCAGGUUUGUGUUGGAUAGGCGAUCAUGUUUUCUGCAAGCAAAUUUCUAGUUGGCCAAUUAAUCCACAAGGUCAUGCUUUGUGGCAUAUCUUCAUGGGUUUCAAUUCCUACUUUGCAAACACAUUCUUGAUGUUUUGUCGGGCUCAACAACUUGCCUGGUCUCCAAAAGUUGUCCAUGUAAUGGGUGUCUUGCCCUAUGUCAAGAUUGAGAAGCCAAAACGCCAGUAAAAGAAAACAAUACAAGAUGAAAAUGUUUCAGUCAUCAUACAUUUGGGUAAAGAGUA